GUUUUAUAAACGUCGAUGAGCUGCCGGAACGUUUGUAGCUUCGCUCCAAUUUUAGGAUCGGUUCGUCGGUCAUGCUACAAUAGUACUCGCAAAAAUAUUCUGUUAGAUGACAAGACCAAAUUGAUAUGUCAAGGGUUUACGGGAAAACAGGGAACUUUUCAUUCUCAACAAACUCUUGCUUAUGGCACAAAACUUGUGGGUGGAGUUUCACCUGGUAAAGGUGGCAGUUCCCAUCUUGGGUUACCUGUUUUCAACUCCGUGAACGAGGCUAAGGAAGCUACAGGUGCAACAGCUACUGUUAUUUACGUGCCUCCAUCCCAUGCUGCCGCUGCUAUCCAUGAAGCUAUUGAUGCACAGAUUCCUCUCAUUGUCUGUAUAACCGAAGGUAUCCCGCAGCAUGAUAUGAUACGCGUACGAAAACGUCUUUCUGAACAGUCUGCCUCAAGAUUAAUUGGACCAAAUUGUCCAGGAAUAAUAAAACCGGACGUAUGCAAAAUUGGUAUUAUGCCUGCACAUAUUCAUAAACCAGGAACGGUAGGAAUAGUAUCCAGAUCAGGGACAUUGACUUAUGAAGCUGUCUUUCAAACUACACAGGUUGGUCUUGGUCAAUCUCUAUGUGUUGGAAUUGGUGGUGAUCCGUUUAAUGGAACAAAUUUCACCGAUUGUCUUGAGGUGUUUUUAGAAGAUCCUAACACAAAAUCAAUAAUCCUGCUUGGCGAAAUCGGUGGUGACUCAGAAGAACAAGCUGCAGAAUUCUUAAAAGAGCAUAAUACUGGUCCAAAUCGCAAACCAGUUGUAUCUUUUAUUGCUGGUGUUACAGCGCCACCCGGACGUCGUAUGGGUCAUGCUGGAGCUAUCAUUUCGCUGGGUAAAGGUGGUGCUAAAGAGAAAAUGGCAGCUUUAGAAAGUGCAGGUGUUGUUGUCACACCUUCCCCAGCUCAAAUAGGUAAAACUCUCUUGCAAUUUACUCAAUUGCUAAAUUCAGCUUAACACAGCUAAUUCCACCUGAGCUACAAAUCUUCUCCAACAACAGCUGGUUAACUCAUAUAUGUUAAAAAAUUGUGGCAGAUCGAAUUAAUCAACGCAUUUACUACCAUUUUCAUUUAUUUGAAAAAAACUACUUAUCUCUUAUUUCAUUGAUUUGUGUUUAAUCAUUACAUUCAAACAUUAUCGCUUUGUUUAAUAUUAUUAAACUUUUCACUUUGGUGUUCACUGAACCCUGACGUCUGUUGAUCAAUAAUUGGGAAGCAAGGGUUAAAAAACACUAUUUUCACUCUAUGAUGUAACUAUCCUAUUACAAUACAUUAAUAACUAUUUUUGAAAUUCACUUUUCAAUCCUUAACUUCUCUAGUAAGCUAUUAUCCAUAAACACUAGAUUAAUUCUAUAAGUUGUAAUUUUGUAUCUGAAUAUUUCUAUAGCACUUUGAUAUGAGUGUGUAUGUGUUUGUAACCUUUUUCAAUAAUUACUUCCUUUAAAUUUUCAUUGUAGGCGAUUGCAGAUCUUCCGAACUCGUAAAUAGACGUAUAUAUUUCUGGAAUAUAUCAAAGAUUAUUGUGCUCUUUAUUAUUUGACUUCUCAUCUUACUUCAGUCAUCAAUGUUUCGCUGAAAAACGUCAACAGUGUUCUAUACGUUGAGUAUCUUACUUACGCUGCUAGUUCUUUUUCUGUACUAAAUUGUUUUCAUUUCUUAAAUUCUUGUCCACAUGUUUAUGUGAUUAAAUAUUCGACUAGAUUCAGUAUACCAUUAAUUCUUAUUAAGAUAGUUUCAAUAAAUGAAUGCGUUGUUUUAUUUCAUGGAAUUGUAUCUUUUCACGUUUUUAUUUUUGUAACUUUCAUCUCUUUUUAGUGGAUAUUAAAAUAGCAGUAGUCUUUUGUGCCGCUAGCUAAUAUAAAAAAUUGAUGUUAUCAAGAACUGUUGGUUUUUUCAUGGUACAGCCCAUCGAUCUAUAUUACUAGUUAAGAUUAUUUCCUCAGUUAUAACAUCACAACGGAAAUAUUCUUUUGAUUGCUACUCAGAAGUUAUUUUGUUUAAUAUAGUUUCUAAAAUCACAUGUCUUUUCUGGUUCUAGUGAACAGCCACAUCAAGACAGUCUCUCAAAUGUACAUGUUCGCAGAAGCUUGUAACACAAUUAACGGUAUUAGUUAUGUGAACUAAGCAUUCAAGACAAUCUAUCUAUAAUUUUUACAGUCACUUAGUCAUAUGCAACGUACAACCUAAAAUACAUGCACUGGUCCUAGUUGCCACAUACUAGAUAAAAUUAUCAAGCCAGAUUAAUAGAUACAAUAACAGUAUGCGCAGAAUUGUUCAGGUAACGAAAGAAGAAAAAAUGUAUAAGAAGAUUUCGGAACUCUUAACUUGAAGUCAGACAAAGAAUACAUGCAUCUACGCCACUACAAACUCUUCUGAACCAUAUCGUUCAACAACAGCUACCAGUUACGAUAAUCGCUUGGAUCCAGAUCAUGUGGUUUGCACCUAUUAGCCACGUUUUGAUAUAAUUCCCUCUGAUUUUCUCCCAGCCAUGAUUGUGCGUUGAUUUAGGCGGUGGUUGGGCAGACGUAGUACAUGUCCUUACCAUGUCUAAUAAUUUGUGUAUCUGAUAAUGAAUAGAUAGCCCUUAUUGAGCUUAAAAUUUGGUAGUGAAAACUAAAUAUCCAAAUUAAUAAGUUAAACUUAAUGAAUUUCUUAAAUUACUUUAUUGCGGCUUUAACUGUUCAUGGAGAGAGAUUUUAUUGUUAUCGUUUGAACUUGAUUUUACUGAACUAUACCAAAACAAGCUUUGUUGAUCCAAAUAUGUGAUUUUUAUUAUUAACGAGAUACUUGACAACUGAUCCUUCACUUACUGGGUACGUGACUGCUUUCUUUUAAGCCAUCUGUAUGUUAAAUCCAGUCUCAUAUAUGCUCUUGGUCACUUCAUUUGGAUUUAACGUUAGGUGGUUGUGAGACAAUCGAUGGAAAUCCCUGAACUCCGAUUUUGUGCCAAUGUGUUUUUUAAAGAUUCAGAUUGUCAUCAAUUAGUGGCAUAACCAAAAAUGUUAUGACUCAACUGUUAAUAUGAAAUCGACCCUCUGGAUAAUUGAAAUGUUCAUGCUUAUUGUUCACUUUUUAGCAAUAAACCAUCCUGCCCGGUUUCAAGUGCUGAUCCGUUUUGUUUGGAUUCUCUUGUGUUCUUUGAGUUUGUAUAUUGUUGGAUUUAUAACUUGUAGUUAUUUACGUGUUUUCAGAAUAGAAAUAAAUAUUACUCCUAGCUGGUGUUUGUAAGUUUCUAUACAACUUGAAACCUAUUGUUUUGUCUAGCCAAAGACUUGUUUUCAUACUUUUGUGCUAUCAUAUCUCACCUAUACGUUAGUUCGUUUAAUUUUUUCUUUACUGCAGGCUCCGUAUUGUAGGAUAUAUUAACUAUUGAAAACUGUAAGUGAUAAACUAGGUGAACCUUGACAUAGCGUGUGUCUAUGCUUACAUCCUAUCAAAAGACCAAGUUGUAGUUGGGAGAUGAUAAACAGGGCACAUUCUUAGAUAAAGCUAUUUAUGCACCUGGUCAAGUUCUUAGCCUAUAUGACUGUCUGGUUCAGAGGGCAUAUAUGUGAAGAUAUAUUUAUAUUCUCGAUUUGUGUUAUAGCUUUCUAGUCAUUCUUAGCUUGCUCAAUCGCGUAUCAUGUUGGAAAUGCA